AUGGCUUCAGAGGCAGUGAAGGUAGUGGUCAGGUGUCGGCCGAUGAAUGAUAGGGAGCAAAUCCUGAAUUGUAAGAUGGUAGUAUCAGUAGAGACGAGUAGGUGUCAGUGUUUGAUCAAGAAGCCAGGGGCGAAGGAGGAGCCACCAAAACAAUUCACCUUUGAUGGAAGCUACUUCAUUGGCCAAACCACUGAGCAGAUGUACAACGAGAUCGCCUACCCUUUGGUUGAGGGGGUGACUGAAGGGUACAAUGGAACCAUUUUUGCAUAUGGCCAGACUGGAAGUGGCAAGUCCUUCACCAUGCAGGGGGUAUCUGAGCCAGCAGCCCAGAGAGGGGUCAUCCCAAGGGCCUUUGAGCACAUCUUCGAGAGCAUUCAGUGUGCAGAAAAUACAAAGUUCCUGGUGAGGGCUUCCUACUUAGAGAUCUACAAUGAAGAAAUCCGAGACCUUUUGGGAAAUGACACCAAACAGAAAAUGGAGCUGAAGGAGCACCCAGAGCAUGGUGUAUAUGUGCGAGACCUCUCCUUGCACACAGUGCACAGCGUGGGGGAGUGUGAGCGCAUUAUGGUGCAGGGAUGGGGGAAUCGAUCUGUGGGCUACACCCUGAUGAACAAGGACUCCUCCCGCUCCCACUCAAUCUUUACCAUUCACAUGGAGAUCUGCAACACAGAUUCAGCUGGCGAGGACCACCUGCGUGCUGGAAAACUGAACCUGGUAGACCUGGCAGGCAGUGAGAGGCAGUCUAAGACUGGUGCCACCGGGGAGCGGCUCCGUGAGGCCACCAAGAUCAAUCUGUCCCUGUCGGCUCUGGGCAACGUCAUCUCUGCCCUGGUGGAUGGCCGCUCCAAACACAUCCCCUACCGAGACUCCAAGCUGACCCGGCUGCUGCAAGACUCCCUGGGAGGGAACACUCGCACCCUGAUGGUGGCCUGCCUCUCGCCUGCAGACAACAACUAUGAGGAGAGCCUGAGCACCCUGCGCUACGCCAACAGGGCCAAGAACAUCCAGAACAGGCCCCGCAUCAAUGAGGACCCCAAGGAUGCCCUGCUCCGAGAGUAUCAAGAGGAAAUCAAGCAACUACGCGCCCUCAUCUCUGGCCAGCUGGGCAGUGGCAACCUGUCAUCACUUCUGGCUGGUCAGUUGUCUGCGGGGCCUUCUGCUGGUCCAUCAAGGCCACAGUCUAGCAGUACUGAGGGGGAGAAGGAGAAGAUUAAAGAGGAAUAUGAGGAGAAGCUGGCCAGGCUUCAGGCUGAGUAUAACGCUGAGCAGGAGUCCAAGGCCAAGCUACAGGAGGACAUAGCUGUUCUGCGCUCUUCAUAUGAGACCAAGCUGUCCAGUCUAGAGAAGUCUAGGGCCAGCAGAGGACACUAUAUUACCACGGCUGGUACCAUCUCCAUUCUUAUGAAACAAGCUCUUGAGGAGGAAUCAUGCUGUGUCACUGCUGCCCCACAUGAGCAUGCGGAUUUGGAACCAGCCCUGGCCAAGGUGAGCCAGACACAGACAUCUCGCCAGGUGACCAGUGUCCAGACAGAGUCUGAGGGGGAGGAGAAUGCAGACUCCCCUCCCAUUGGCACCCCAGGCCCUCUGGACCAGAAGCAUGUCCUCGAGAGGCUGCAGCAGUUGGAGCAGGAAGUGGUAGGAGGGGAGCAGGCUCGGAACAAGGAGUUACAGCAGAGACACCGACAGAGGAAGACCCUGGCAGACCAGAGGAAGAAGCAGCUGAUUGAGGCCCUGGCAGAGAACCGUGAGGAGAGUGACAAUGUGAUGCUCAAUGUCUACGACUCCAUCCAGGAGGAGGUCCAUGCUAAGAGUCGGCUCCUAGAGAACACCCAGGGCAAGCUGAAGGCUGCCAAGCUGGAGAUCCGGGACCUGCAGGCGGAGUUUGAACUAGAGAGAAACGACUACCUGGCCACCGUCCGCAGGCUGGAGAGGGAGGGCCAUUUGCUGCAGGCACUGCUGGAGCGCAUGGCCCCUCUGGUCCGCCGUGACUGCAACUACAGCAACCUGGACCGCCUGCGGAAGGAGGCCACCUGGGAUGAAGACGGUGCCACCUGGAGGCUGCCUGAGGUGGUGGUGCAGAAAAUGGCCCUGCCAUCAGCAGUAGCUCCUUCAGCUCAGAGGCUCUCUGUACGCAGGAGCUCAGUGGCUGACACAGGAGAGUCCUUUCAGGAUGAUGAGGACCGAUAUAAGGAGAUGUUGAACCGCAGCGACAGCGAGAACUUUGCCAGCAACUACUUCAAGCCUAAGAGAGCCAACCAGCUGCUGGGCGGUGAGCCACUGAAGGGACUGGCAGUUCACUCAGCACCCCAGGGGAACGGGACGCCUCACCUGACCUCCAGCGGCUCCAACAUCGGCCCCUCACUCAGCACAGAAUCCCUCCUCCCUCGCCCCUUCCGCCUCGAGUCACUGGGGAUCACCCCAUCCAAUGGCAAGGUGAAGAGGAAGAAAAGCAAAACGCACAUCCCCUAUGAGGGGAACUGAGAGCUGGGCUAGAGGGGAACUCUUCUGCAACCUCUCAAUUUUUACCUGCCACCCUUUUUGACUCCUAGAGACCUCACUAUUUGUUGACUUGUUUUGGUAGAGUAUUUCGUUAAUUCACUGUGAUUGACCCUGUGGUGUUGGUGAACUAUUGAACUUUUGCUAACCAGCAAUAUAAUGUCACAUUUACAUGGACACUUGGUCUGGCAAUGUGAUGUUACUGGUGUGUUUGUUUUUUAGUACCUUUUUAAAUGUUAGCUAACAUUAUGCUACUACCUAAUGCCACACACCAUAGUGCUUGCACUGACUCUUAAUGCUGUGAUAUGGUUUAUCCAACCCUGAAUGUAUUAUUUAUCACUGUUGUGGUUUUUGGAUGAACUGUUAAUACAAUAUAUUUUCUGUAGAUCUUGUUCA